AUGACGAGCAAGACCAUAAAGUCGUUACCGCACGAGAAGCGCAAGGGCGAGGCUGCCCUGAGCGACUUUGCCGAUUAUGUCGAGAAGCAGCAGGCGCUACGGUACCCAAGCUCCAAGUCAGCCGACAUCUCCAAGGUCCCCACUGCCGCCCCCGAGCACCAGCAUGCCGAGCUUGACGAGCUCUUCGAUAACCUCGACCUGGCCGAGGCCACCUCGGGCGUUCGGUUGAAAGACCUUCUGUUGGGCACCGACGGCGGCACGCUUCAGCAGCUGGAAGGGGUUGUCCAGGAGAGGAUACUCGAGGGCCAUGGAGAGGCCAUCUUUGAGCUCGGCUUCGAGAGCAACGGCGAGUCGAUGGCGCUCACUCUCAGUCAGUGGAACGAUGCGUACACAAGGCUGAAGGACGCGGCCAAGAGGAUACGCGCCGACUGCCAGACCCUCAUCACAAAGAACGUCGACGGCGAGAUGGAUGCGUCAAGCGCGAAACCCGGCAAGGAAAACCACUGCAGUGGCAAAAUCUUGAUCCGACAGGCUCCGGCGACCGUGGAGGAUGUCAUUGAGACCCGGAUAGCCGUUGUGGGCAAUGUCGACGCAGGCAAGAGCUCUCUUCUGGGCGUUCUGGUGAAAGGCGACCUCGACGAUGGUAGAGGACGGGCGCGGGUGAACCUCUUCCGACACAAGCACGAGAUUGAAACGGGCAGAACCAGCUCCGUCGGCAUGGAGAUACUGGGGUUCGAUACUGUUGGAGAGGUCGUUACCUCGGAGACCCCUGGGAGGAAACUGUCGUGGGAGGAGAUCGGAAAGCGCAGCGCCAAAGUCAUCACCUUCACCGACUUGGCAGGCCACGAAAAGUACUUGCGAACGACGGUAUUCGGGUUGCUCUCCAGCAGCCCCAACUACUGCCUGCUGAUGGUGGCGGCGAACAACGGUUUGAUCGGCAUGAGCAAGGAGCACCUGGGCAUCGCCCUGGCCCUCAACGUGCCCGUCAUGGUCGUCAUCACCAAGAUUGACAUUUGUCCGCCGCAGAUCCUCGAGCAGACCAUCAGCCAGAUCACAAAGAUUCUCAAGAGCCCAGGGGCGCGCAAGAUCCCCAUCUUCAUCAAGGACCGCGAGGAGUGCAUCAACACGGCCACCCAGUUUGUCAGCCAGAGGAUAUGUCCCGUGUUCCAGGUCUCCAACGUCACGGGCGAGAACCUCGACUUGGUCCGGACGUUCCUGAACAUCCUGCCGCACCACGGACGCUACGACUCGGACGCCCCCUUUGAAUUCCACGUCAACGACACCUUCUCGGUCCCGUUCGUCGGUACUGUCGUCUCGGGAAUCAUCAAGUCUGGUGUUAUCCACGCCGGAGACAACGUUCUCAUCGGACCGGACUCGUUAGGGCAGUUCACGACCACCAGCAUCCGUUCGAUCGAGCGCAAGCGACUGGGGGUGCCAGCUGCAUCUGCGGGGCAGUCGGCAUCUUUCGCCCUGAAAAAGGUCCGUCGCAAGGACGUCCGAAAGGGCAUGGUUGUCCUGCCCAAGCUCGAGGGACAGCCGGCUCCCAAGGUGCACAGAGAGUUCAUUGCGGAAGUAUUGAUCCUCUCUCAUGCCACCACCAUCAAGACCAAGUACCAGGCCAUGUUGCACGUCGGUCCGGUCUCGCAGACAUGCGCGAUAAUCGACGUCGAUCGUCCGUACAUCCGGACUGGCGACAGGGCGACGGUGGCGUUCCGGUUCGUGCAGCGACCCGAGUACCUCGCCCCAGGCGACAGGUUGCUGUUCCGAGAAGGCAGAACCAAGGGCCUCGGGAUCGUCAAGUCGGUUGGCUACGACCCCAACAAACCGCUAUACCCGCACGGCGACGACUCGGCACAGGGCGAGGACGGCGCGGCUCCGGAUAACGAGGGGGAGAAGAAGCCUGCCAACGGUCAGGCUACGGCGUGA